AUGAUUGACCAUCUUUUGGGCAGACCUUCAACUCGAUUAAAGAGAGUUCAAGUUUUGCUCGUGCUAUCCUUUUGGGGAUGGAUUAUACGUAUGGGACCACGAGAUGGUCCAGGCAAGAUUCCAUUUGUGAAACGAAUGAAUGCAUAUGCUAAACGUUUCACACCAUGGCAAAUUUUCGUUUUCGCUUUGACCUCCGUUUAUGCUGUUCGACAUUUAGACGCAGUUGCAGGCUUUGGAGCGCCUGAACCUUUGGCAAGAAUGUAUUCACGUUCAUUUUAUCGUGCAACUUGGAUCAAUACUGCUUUGGACGCUGGCUUUGCAAGUGCAAUGUCAAUCAGACCACAAUGGUUACGGGAUAUCGCUUCUGUUUUGAUGUCAUUGUACUAUGUCAUCUAUGCCAACGAAGCAGAUGAGAAGCUACGCAAAUAUCGUGCCUUUUGUACUGUUGACUUCUUGCGUGCAACAUGGAACAAGACUUCCAAUCCCUACAUUCGAGCUGUCACAUGGCUUUCGUUUCAUCGAAUAUCAAUAGCUGAACCAAUUCUCCUUCCUCGACCAAGUAUAGGUCCACAUAGCAAAAGGCCUAUCCGAGCAAUGUUGUUCUACUAUAAGCCAUUGCGAUUCUUACGUGAGGAAGACGAACUGAUUAUCGAUUUUGUGGGAGGAGGCUUCGUUAGCAUGGGACCAGAACAUCAUGAAGACCGGCUAAGGCAACUUGCAGCAGAACAUAAACGUCCAAUCCUGGCUGUGGACUACUGCAAAGCACCAGAAUACCCUUACCCUUACGCUUUGGAGGAAUGCUUUGAUCUUUUUCGCAGCUUACACGAAUGCAAGGGUAGUGUGUUGGGCAUGUCAGGUCGUUCAACGUUUCGAACAAUCUUGACAGGUGAUAGUGCAGGUGGCAAUUUGGCACUUGGGGUGAUGCUGAAGAUUUUGGAAUAUCCACAAGCUCAUAUCAAAUCUGCAUAUGCUGCCAAAGCUGCUGGUGGACCUGGAAGUGCACCACCACCUUUACCAAGACCAAUUGCGCUGAUUCUCAAUUACCCUGCUACCAAUUUUGCAUUCACCAGUUGGAUGAAACCGGAUCAUUUGAAUGUUUUGCGAUCCCAAAGUGAGGUAAAUCUACAAUUGAUCGAACCGAUGAGAGGAAAGAAUGAAGGCAAGGAUAGCGUAGAUUCCAAUUUAUCUGCCCGAAAUCGGUUGAGAGGUAAAACGAGAUCAGGCGGAUCUCAAACGCCAGUGCCACAACAAACAGUGAAGCCCAACAAGAGCUAUACAUCUCUUGCUAAUCAAGCAGAAAUGCACUUGGCCGAAAGAGCAAGGAUGGCAGAAGCCGAAUCAUCACCAGAUGUUACACCACAAACGAGCUGGAUUGGAAGGAUUGAGUCGGAUGAGAUGGAUAGACAAGCAAGUACGAUGAACGAUCCGGAACAUCAACAAAGGCUUGCACAGCAACGUGAGCUACAAGCAGCAACGGAGAAGAUGGAUCUGGAGUUAAAUGAAAAGAAAGCCGCUCAAAGUACGACGGUGAACACACGAUUGACGAUGACGAGUAUGGCAGGCUACUUCCAAGAUCGUAUUUUGACCCAAAGUAUGAUGCGUGCAAUGGCAAUUCUCUAUAUCGGACCGAGACGACAGCCAGACUUCGAUAAUGAUUAUUACCUAUCUCCAAUUGUUGCUCCGGCAAAGUAUUUAGCCGACUUUCCUCCGGUCUUGUUUACCUGUGGUGAGAAAGAUCCAAUUUGUGAUGAUACAGUGGUGAUGGCAGGAAGGAUUCGACAAGCAAAGUUGGCCAGACAGAUGGCAUUAAAGAAACGAGGAGCACGAUUUGGAGAGCAGCUGCGCAUGUCUGGCAGUACGAUGGUAGAAGAAGAGGAAGAUGUGGAUGAUUGGGUACAAAUGCGUAUCAUUGAAGGAUGGUCUCAUGGAUACUUGCAAAUGUCAGCUCUUUUGCCUGAGGUGAAAAAAGUCAUUUCAUUCUUGGCUCAAUGGACUGCAGACGCAUUUGAUGAUUAUACGGAGCAUGCUCUUACUCCUGAACAGAGAAGGAGCGAAUCAGCUCGAUUGCAAAGG